ACCCGAAAUCUGCUUUAGGACAGGGUAGCGAAAUCGGACCGAAUGACCUCACGCACCCAAACACACCCGACGGGACCGCUGAGGCGACUGUAGUCAGCGAAAGGGCUGGAGAUUCCCAAGCGAAUGCAGAAAGCACGCGCGCAUUAGACCCCGCCCAUGCUCCCCAGGACAUGCACCUGGAAACAGGACACAGGGCCGAGGGGGCUGCAAACGGACAAAUCGACCAACAACAACACACACGGACAGAUCACGAGGAGAGGCUGAAGGGGUCGGUGGAUGGGGACGCAGGCGGUGCGCCAAGUGACAGGGGUGUUGAUAUACCUACCCACGGCAUGAGCACAGGGUUACCUACCCACGGCAUGAGCACAGAGUUACCUACCCACGGCAUGAGCACUGGGUUACCUACACACGUACCCGAUACGGUGGGGAGUGCCGGACAGGCACAGGGCCUGCGCACGCGGUCGUGUCGCAGGGGGAGAUCACCAACCGACGACCGGUGCAAGCAGAAGCAAACCACCCCACUACUGACUGACGGGGAGACGGCCUGCACCCACCCGCACCCACAAAAAGAACCAGGACAGGGCAAAGGCCGGGAAACGGGACCGGACACGGACGCAGACGCGGGAGCCUCUGCCUCAGCAUUCGCGGGGGGUGUCCCAAUUAAGGGGGCAGGUGCACAGGACCAGGGGAGACAGGACAAGCACUCGGAUGGGGUGGUGUUCACAGACAGCCUGCUGAUGGAUCAGACCUUCCGUGCCGCGCGGGCGAGGAACUCGUCCUUGUCCUUUCAUCAGAAGUUCAGGCAGAAGGCAGGCAUCUCGCGUGUGUACAAGGUGCGGUGGGAUGGGGUGCCACUGCAAGGGGGUGCUCUGUUUGGGACACGAGAGU